UGAACCUGACAGAUUGAUAGAUCUAAGCCGACCCAAGCAAUUGAUUUGAAUAGAAUUUUUUAACAGUCAAUAGAGAAAGAGUGAUUGCUGUUCGGUGAAUCUAAAAAUCUUUACGUUAGGUGGAGUUUUCGAAAUUAAACAAAUAAGAUUUUCAGUCUAUAGUUUUAUAAACUAGGAAGAUAGUGAUACUUCAUUUGAUAAGAUAUUGCAAUUUUUGAAUGGAACCUUCAGGAAUGGAUCCUCCAAUUAAUAUACCGAAAAAUCCACUGUUAUGUCCAAUAUGCCACGAUUACUUCACUGAACCCUGUAUCUUGAGCUGUUACCAUACAUUUUGUGCUAAUUGUCUUCGUGGAAAAGAGCAAGACAGAAGACUGCUGUGCCCCUUUUGCAGAAAACCAACUCUUCUUAAAGAUGGAUCUACUCUUCCUCCCCCAGAUACUUUGAUGAGGCAAUUGAUAGAUAUAGCCAACAGUGAAAAUCCACCCUGUUCAAACUGCGACAAAAGGGAUCGGCUCAACAUGUAUUACUGCAACACUUGUGGUCAGGCAUUAUGUGCACAGUGCAGAGAUAAUACUCAUAGAGCAAAAAUGUUUUCUAGCCAUGACAUUCUUCAUAUGGCGAAGUGUACAAAAGAGCCCAAACGCUGUACAACACAUGGAGAACAAUUCAUUAUGUAUUCACCCAUUCAGAAAAUGAUGCUCUGCGUGAACUGUUUCCGGGACUUACCAAACGAACUUCGUACUCAAUGUGUUGAUAUUGAUAGUGCCCAUAUUCAAGCAACCAAAAAGUUAGAACGAAGUCAAACUGCUAUCAUGGAUCUACAGACAUCGGCGAGGGAUAGCAUUAUUGCUCUCAAGAGUUUAAUGGAUGAAUUGAAGAGGAAUAUGGAUGCCGAAAAACAUUCAGUGAAUACCUUUUGUCAAGGAAUGCAGGAAGCUAUGGCCAAAACACAUGCUGCAAUGAUAAUGGAAGCUCAAAGACAAUACGAAAGUAAAGAUAGGAUAUAUCGGAGCCACUUAGUAGCAUUAGGCACAGUUAUGCCCGUUCUCCAAUUACAUUUAGUUCUAUGUACAACAUUCACUGCCGCCGCUAAUAAAUAUCAAUUUUUAGAAUUGUGUCCCAAUUUCAUCGAAAGAUUAGCAGCUGUUGGGAAAUUGAGUUUGCCUCCAAGAUCACUCGAAUCAUCAAUUGUGAAAACGAACUACAGAAGCGAGUUCGCACAGUCUUUGGAUCCUUGGAUUGGACCAGCAGCUGUUAGACAGCAUCAGGUCGAACUAGCCGCAGCAUCCGCAAUAUAUGAAGGACCCCCAACAGUAACAAAAAAACCUUCAUCGAGUUUAAAGAAUAAGUUGCUUGAAGGAGAAAGUUCAUUUUCUGCACAUUGUAGAUCAUUUGAAUCACAAAUCAGAGAAUUGAAUCAACAAUUUGAUAUGAUUAAGGAUAAAGUUGGUGACUUGCACAGAGACAUAACAGUAAUAAGAAAAGCACAAAAUCCUCCAUUAACAGCUAAGUAUGAAAUGCUCACUCGAGAGUGCCUUCACCUCGAUCACAACCUAGAUAGACAACAAAAAGAGUUAGAAAGAAUGGCUGGAAUUUUUGAUGCAUCUUGGGAAGAACAACUAUGGAGAUUGAGAGUUGAGCAAGAAGUAUUUGGUUGUCAAAGAGCCGAUGUGACAAUGCUCCGGAAUGAAUUGAAACAUUUAACACAUGCUGCCAUACAACUAGAACCUUUUAUAAGAAAUUUGAGCUUACAACAAAAUGUGAAACAACAACAUCAAGAAGCAUAUUCCAAUGAACAAGCCAAAAACUUAGAAUCGCUUCUUGAACAUAUUGGUGUUUUGCCGUCGUCAGAAGCAUCAUUUGGGAAAAUUCCAAGAUCUCGUAGCCGUGUCCUUGGACAAUUAUUUGAAAAAGUGCUGCCCAAUUAUCAAGAAAAAGAACGUAGGAAAUCAGUUACUCCAUUAGAUAAGCCAAAUCAUCAAGCAAACCAGAAAAUGAAGAAGAGUUUUCUUCCUGAUACACAUGCAUUAGGUGUUCAAGGAUUGGAGUCACAAAUCAAAGAGAAAAUUCAAGAAAUGUAUAGAAGGCCAUCUUCUCAGAGAUCAAAAUCGGACACCGAAACCGAAAAAAAUUUGUCGAAGAUAGACAAAAAUCUCAGUAAAAGUGAAAUAUUGAAUGAAAUUGGAAGUUCUACAAAUAAGCAGAAAAUAACUUAUAAAAAAAUCGGUAAAAGUUGCGAAAAAAUUAACAUUAAUUGUACUAAAUCUGAAACCGACUCCAAGAAAUGCACAUCCGAAUCAGAUUAUCAAAGAAUUUCAGAUGCUACAAGUCAGAACACGAAGGCGUUAGUACAUGCAGAAUCCAAAUCCACCCCAGUAACACCCAAAUGUAAGACCAAAGCUAAAGCACAACAAAAAAUUCGAAAAUCCCAAAAAGUUUAUCCAUACAGUGACGGGGAAGACAAUAUAUUUUAUUCCCUCCAUGAUUCUGCAGAUUCUCUAAGUACUUCAAGCCGUCGUUCUAGUUAUGAUGGAGAUCCAGACAAGACAUUAGUUGUUGUAAUAAACCGUCGUAGCAAAAAUAUAUCAAUGGCGCAAAAACAGCGAUCUUGGGAAACAUUUCCUCCCAAAAGAAGGCAUCACGUCUGUCCUAAGUUAUCUGCUCCCAACCCUUUGCCCUUGCGGAAAGCAGAUAGUUUCGAGGGACAUGAAGAAGCUGUGAAGAGUAUUGUUGCAGCAGUUCAAGAAACCAGACGUAAACCAAAAUGUUCUAGCGGAUAUUAAUCGCAAUUGAUGCUUUGCUUUGUUACACUAUAGAGGACAAAGCAAAUGCAAAUAUGAUUCAAUUGAUGUAUUCACCGUUCAAUUUUAUGCAUUUUGUUAUAACGAACAUUUCAUUUAAUUCCAACGUAGUUCGAAAGCUGUAGAAUACAUUUAAUUAUAGUACAUAUAAUUAUAUUAGUGAAAUAUAAAUUAUAUCAACAAGAUGUUGAUUUAUACUGUCCGACGAAAAAGUAAACUAGUGUGUGUUUAUUAUUGA